UGCCAAUGUUGGAGCCGUCUGCAGAGUGGCCCUGGAAAGAAGUUUUUGGAGCCGUGAGGGAUAUAGCAGUUUGGUCAAUAUUGUCUUAACAUGCUUCAAAUAAAUCAGCGAUUAAAUCCUGUUGGAAGCAUCUUUGGCGCUUAUUGAGCCCUGGCGGCACAGCGGUGAAGAGCUCGGCUGCUAACUAAAAGAGAUAAUCACUGCUAACAUUUUGGGGUGUAUACUUCUAGAAUUUUUUCUAUGCAGCUUCUCUCCAAGAUAAAAUGGCAAAUACCAAAGAGAAAACUCCAAUGUGUCUGGUAAAUGAGUUAGCCCGUUUCAAUAAAGUCCAACCUCAGUAUAAACUUCUGAAUGAAAGAGGGCCUGCUCAUUCGAAGAUGUUCUCAGUGCAGCUGAGUCUUGGUGAGCAGACAUGGGAAUCCGAAGGGAGCAGUAUAAAGAAGGCCCAACAAGCGGUUGCUAAUAAAGCUUUGACAGAAUCUACGCUUCCCAAACCGGUUCAGAAACCACCCAAAAGUAAUGUGAAUAAUAACCCAGGCAGUAUAACUCCAACUGUGGAACUGAAUGGGCUUGCUAUGAAAAGGGGAGAGCCUGCCAUCUACAGGCCAUUAGACCCAAAGCCAUUCCCAAAUUAUAGAGCUAAUUACAACUUUCGGGGCAUGUACAAUCAGAGGUAUCAUUGCCCAAUGCCUAAAAUCUUUUACGUUCAGCUGACUGUAGGAAAUAAUGAAUUUUUUGGGGAAGGAAAGACUCGACAAGCUGCGAGACACAAUGCUGCGAUGAAAGCUCUCCAAGCACUACAGAAUGAACCGAUCCCAGAAAAGUCAUCACAGAAUGGAGAAUCAAGAAAAGAAAUGGAUGAUGACAAAGAUGCAAAUAAAUCUGAGAUCAGCUUAGUGUUUGAAAUUGCUCUGAAGCGCAAUAUGCCUGUCAGUUUUGAGGUUGUUAAAGAGAGCGGACCUCCCCAUAUGAAAAGCUUUGUCACUCGGGUGUCGGUGGGGGAAUUCUCUGCAGAAGGAGAGGGAAAUAGCAAAAAACUCUCCAAGAAACGUGCCGCAACCACUGUCUUACAGGAGCUUAGAAAACUUCCACCUCUUCCUGUGGUUGAGAAGCCAAAAUUAUUUUUUAAAAAACGCCCUAAAACCAUAGUAAAGGCCGGACCAGAAUAUGGUCAAGGAAUGAACCCCAUUAGCCGCCUGGCUCAAAUUCAACAGGCCAAAAAGGAAAAGGAACCAGAUUAUGUUUUGCUUUCAGAAAGAGGAAUGCCCCGACGUCGAGAAUUUGUGAUGCAGGUCAAGGUAGGCAAUGAAGUUGCUACUGGAACAGGACCUAAUAAAAAGAUAGCCAAAAAAAAUGCAGCGGAAGCAAUGCUGUUACAACUUGGUUAUAAAGCAUCAACUAGUCUUCAGGAUCAACUUGACAAGACAGGGGAAAACAAAGGAUGGAGUGGUCCAAAGGCCGGGUUUCCUGAACCAACAAGUAACACUCCAAAAGGAAUUCUUCAUUUGUCUCCUGAUGUUUAUCAAGAGAUGGAAGCCAGCCGCCACAAAGUAAUCUCUGGCACUACUCUAGGCUAUUUGUCACCCAAAGAUAUGAACCAACCUUCAAGCUCUUUCUUCAGUAUAUCUCCCACAUCGAAUAGUUCCGCUACAAUUGCAAGGGAACUCCUUAUGAAUGGAACAUCUCCUACAGCUGAAGCCAUAGGUUUAAAAGGAAGUUCUCCUACUCCCCCUUGUUCUCCAGUACAACCUUCAAAACAGCUGGAAUAUUUAGCAAGGAUUCAAGGCUUUCAGAAAAAGAAAAACAAUUCUUUAUGGAUAGAUCAAAGCUUUUCAAAGAAUUGUUAACUCUAGGAAGGGGAAAUGCCUGUGUCCAGAUUUCUUAGUUGCCUUGAAAAUCAUGUACUGAACUGUAAUUACGCUAGCCUGACGGAGUGGACAGCGGCGUGCUUGUGUGUAAAUUGCUCCCUCAAAUUUCAUUGUUUCAUUCUCUUUUCCAUCUUAGUCUUCUUCCUUAAGACCAAAACCUGUAAUUUCCUUUAGAAAUGCUCUAGAAGAUCUGUAUUGUGUAGAAUGAUCAUGUAUUUAUAAAAUGUUACAAGUUUAGAUUAUAAAAUGAGAGCAAUCGUAUGUUCUGGGGGUUAUUUUGCAUGUUUUUCUGUUGCCAUCACAGAAACUUUCUAGUUCUUUCAACUCUAUUGCCAGGUAGUCAUUAGUGUUCUUGAUUGGACUAUUAACAUGAAAUUAAAGAAGCUAUUAACGAUUAUUGGCUCUGUCAUCUGAAAUUUUAAACACUUAAUUUAAAGUUACAAUUUUAGGAUUUGUUUUUGUUGUUUACUUUAAGAAUUACAAUAAAUCACUGUUUAAAAAAGAGACCUUGAUUUAUCCAGUUGUAAGUACUAGGGAAAAAAAAAACUAAUUUUUAGUUCUAUCUAUAGUCUGCAUAAGAUGAACUAGAAAUAAACUUGUUAUGGAAAGAAAUUCGCUGCUUAUUUACACAUCUAGUCAUUUACAAAUGUCUGAGAGUAACACUGCAUUUUUAUAGAAACAAAGCACAAAUUGCAUUCAAGCUCCGAAUUAAUUCUUGCUUGGAGACGUUAUCAUGGUAGAUGUAAUUUUGCUGCUGCCAGAAGAACUACUUAUUUUGUUUUAUUUGUUAGUUCCUGGCAAUGGCAACAAUUUUAAUUUUAAAGCGUCUUGACUUCAGCCAAAAUGUAGAAUCUGCUUCCCCUGUUAUUGGGUCGACUGCUUAGACCUUUUUUUUAAGCUUAUGCUGAAAUGAUAUACUCUUAUUUAUGGACAAAUUAAACAUUUCUAAAUUUGUGUACUGUGAUUUUACAUACUAAUGAAUAUAAACAGAUGGCUUUAAAACAUUACCAUGAGUCUUUGGUCAAAUGAGCUUAGUAUUAAUGUGAAAUAUUGUGUCACUGAUGGAUUGCAGCCUGCAGCUGAGCAGUGAACAGAAUCCCUGUGGGAAAUGGCUAGUGUCCCGUCAGGGGCAGAGCUCGGUGCUGUCGCUGUGGAAGGUUCUUUGUGGCUAAGAGUUUUACAGCCUUUUCUUUAUAGAUAACUUUCUGAGGUGUAUUUACCUGAUAGAAGAACGUGUAGAUUGUUUCCAUUUCUUAAAUGUUUUAACGGGACUGUAGUUUAGAAAUUAUAGGACCAGCUUGUUAUGGAUUACAUGCUAUUCUGUUAUUUUUAUUUCUGGAAUUUAAAAACAAUAAAUUCUUUCUCUGUGUUUCUAGGUUAGUACUUUUUUGUUUUGUUAUUGUACUCUGAACAGAUAGUAUUGCUUAUUGAAUGUUGUGUAAACCUUUUGUUGGACUUCCGUUGCCACUGAAAUUUGAUUUAAGUCUACCAGAGCCAUUGUAUGUGACAGCUAUAUUGUAUUACAAAGUAAAAAUAUAUGAGUGCAUUGAAAACGAAGUUGUUUUAACUUUUAAAUUUUUCAUUACCCAAUAUUUUAAUUGAAAUUUAUAAAUUGCAAAAAGCCUAUUUUCUCACCAGAAUGUAGGUGUUAAGCUCACACCCUUUUGUUUAAAUCUGCAAAAUAAUUAAAAUUAUUAUUAAUAAAGCUGACUUCACAGAGCAGGAUGUAACUGAACCUUUGCAUAUUCUUAGUAACUCUUUAAUCCUUGCUUGGACUCACCUAAAGUAUCUGUUGUAUUUUAGAAGCACGUCUUUUGGAUCUCUGUCAUAAACGAGUAUUUGUUUCUUUGAAGUUUUAUUAAGUGCAUUUUAAUUAUCUUUUCUGAAAACUUGAACAUGCUUAUUGAUUGUUUUAUUAUUUUUUAGGGAAAAAAAAGUUUUACGUCAAUAGUUCUGUGAACCUCAGACUUUGACACAACCAGUACAUUUCUGUAACUUCUGCACAUUUCAGAAAAACUCAUUUUAAGUUAUAAUUAUACCAUAGUGUUUCAGGGUUCUUUGUCACAUAACUUGAUACUCUUUAAUUAUAGUAUCAAAAUAUUUGAAAAUUAUUCAGCUUUUUGAGAAAAUUAUUAUUAUGGAAAAGACAUUCUUGAAAUGCUGUGCAUUUCAGCAGAAAUGAAGACUUUCUUCUGUUAUGUUGUAAUUUACAUUAUUCUAAGUUUUUACAGCUUUAGUAUGCUUUUCCAUACUAAUUAUAUUGGAAAUCAUUUUGUGUAAUUAAAUAUAAGCAGUUGUUUUGUUUAAAUGAGUCGUUAGAAAAGUGAUUAGAUUGGAAACAAAAAUGAAUUAUUGUAGUAUUCUUUCUAGAUUUGAUUUUUAUUUUCUCUUUUGUGCUGCUCCUGAUCAUCAUCCAUUGUAAAACCUUCAAAGUAAAAUAUGAUAAAAUAGUUUUUUUUCUCCUCAUAUAAAGAUAUAAAGAAGCACUUAGUUGGUAUCUUAGAUAAAGCAUAAUUUAGUUUAUUUUACAAAAUUAGGAAUGUUUUACAGAGGGGUUUUCAUUACUGUGAGGUUUAAAUGUUGAUGCCAUUUGCAGCAAGAUGAAAAUGUCAGUAGUAGCCUUUGAAAUGUCUACUUAAAAGCUUCCUUUUCAAAUACAAUUCAGACUUAAUGCAUUUCAACUGGUAUGUCUCCUUUUGUGAAGUUUAAUAUGAUUAUAGCAGGCUUCUUUUAUAAUUACAGGCUUCUUUUGAGUAUUUAUUUUUAAGAAUAUGACCUUAGUAUAGAUUACAUUGAGAUUUUCUUCUGAGCGAGUUGGCUUCCUUAAGAAUCAGUCUUUCUCCUUUCCCUACUCUUUCGUAUGUCACUUAAACCCCGUAUUUUGCAGUCCAUAGAUUUAUUAUCAGAGUGGCUAUUUGCAGCAAUUUUUUUGAAGAAUGAGGUAUACAUUUUUUUAAAAAGGCCAAUAUAAGUGAAAAUUCAUAGAUUUCUAGUAAGAGAAUAUGGAGAAAGAAAUCAGGUGUAUUCAUAUAUACUCCCACUUAAAAAUGUGGGUAUUGUUUAUUCAUCCUUGCAACAUAACUUACUAUGUCACUUCUGGGCCCACAUUUUCAUCUAUGCUGUUAUAAAAUGGUAGUAAAAAGGGAUGAGAAAUCAGAGUAAAAUGAAGAAAACACACUUGUGGGUUUGACAUAGGGUCAGCAGCUUCUGCUUUUACUUGCAGUUACUCCUUAAAAAUCCCUCCUGGAUUUCACCUCUACUACUUCCAAAGACCUGGAGAGAUUGGACUGAUAUUUGAGCUCUCCUAAAGGCGCAGCCUUCUAUUAAAAAAAAAAAAAAAAUUACCAUCG